UCGGCGGCGGCGAUCGGGCGGGGGCGGGGGCGGCGGCGGCGGCGGAGGCCGGAGGGCGGAGGAGGCGGAGCAGGGAACCGGGAGCCGGCUGCCCGCGCUCUUCCUGCCGGCGGCCGGGGAUUUUCCAGCCCAGCCGGGGCGCGGACGCCGGGGACCUGCCUGCAGCCGCCGCGGACCAUGGGUGACAAAGGGACACGGGUGUUCAAGAAGGCGAGCCCCAAUGGGAAGCUCACCGUCUACCUGGGGAAGCGGGACUUUGUGGAUCACAUCGACUUCGUGGACCCCGUGGAUGGCGUGGUCCUGGUGGAUCCCGAGUACCUCAAGGAGAGGAGAGUCUACGUGACGCUGACCUGCGCCUUCCGCUACGGCCGGGAGGACCUGGACGUCCUGGGCCUGACCUUCCGCAAGGACCUGUUUGUGGCCAACGUGCAGUCCUUCCCGCCGGCGCCCGAGGACAAGAAGCCGCUGACCCGGCUGCAGGAGCGCCUCAUCAAGAAGCUGGGCGAGCACGCCUACCCCUUCACCUUCGAGAUCCCUCCGAACCUCCCGUGCUCGGUGACCUUGCAGCCGGGGCCGGAAGACACUGGGAAGGCCUGUGGUGUGGACUAUGAAGUCAAAGCCUUCUGCGCCGAGAGCCUGGAGGAGAAGAUCCACAAGCGGAAUUCUGUGCGCCUGGUGAUCAGGAAGGUCCAGUAUGCCCCGGAGAGGCCUGGCCCCCAGCCCACGGCCGAGACCACCAGGCAGUUCCUCAUGUCGGACAAGCCCCUGCACCUCGAGGCCUCCCUGGACAAGGAGAUCUAUUACCACGGAGAGCCCAUCAACGUCAACGUCCACGUCACCAACAACACCAACAAGACGGUGAAGAAGAUCAAGAUCUCGGUGCGCCAGUAUGCAGACAUCUGCCUUUUCAACACAGCCCAGUACAAGUGCCCCGUGGCCCUGGAGGAGGCCGACGACACGGUGGCGCCCAGCUCCACGUUCUGCAAGGUCUACACGCUGACCCCCUUCCUGGCCAACAACCGAGAGAAGCGGGGCCUCGCCCUGGACGGGAAGCUCAAGCACGAAGACACGAACCUGGCCUCCAGCACCCUGUUGAGGGAAGGCGCCAACAGAGAGAUCCUGGGCAUCAUCGUGUCCUACAAAGUGAAAGUGAAGCUGGUGGUGUCUCGGGGCGGCCUGUUGGGAGACCUUGCGUCCAGUGACGUGGCCGUGGAACUGCCCUUCACCCUGAUGCACCCCAAGCCCAAAGAGGAGCCCCCACUACGGGAAGUUCCAGAGAGCGAGACGCCCGUGGAUACCAACCUCAUAGAACUUGACACAAACGACGACGACAUUGUGUUUGAGGACUUCGCCCGGCAGAGACUGAAGGGCCUGAAGGACGACAAGGAAGAGGAUGAGGAUGGUACCGGCUCUCCGCAGCUCAACGACAGAUAGACAGAUAGACCGGGGCCAGCCCCGAGGGCUGCUCCAGGCCCGCCCUCCUGCACUAGGCUGCUUCCUUGUCUUCUUCCUGUCCUGGUGCCCCCUCCCCUCUGUUCUUCCAGUCUCCGCCAGGGGCCCAGUGGUCUUCCAGGUUGUGGUGGUGAACCUCUGGCCUCAGCACGGGCCCCGCAUCACCACGCCAACGGGGCCGCGUGCACCACCAUAACCCAGUCACCUCUCCGUCCUUUUUCUGCUGACCCCCAGAAAGGCCACCGUGGCUCCGGCCUUGGGAUUUGACUUGGGAUGGGGAUCAGGGGGGGAACGAUAGGGCACAGGACUUGGAAGGGUGGGGCUGAGGGGUCCAGAUGUGUGAGGGAAGGAACGCCCACAGCCCCAGGUGGUGAACACAGUCUGGCAGCUAAAAGAUGGCCAUGGUGAAGGCCACGCCCUCUUCUGGCCGGGAGGACAGACUGUGGAUAGAUUCUCAAUGCCUUUUGGCAGUCCUGACCCACAAAACACCUCCCCGCUCCUACCCCUGUCCCUCUGUGUCUGGCAGUGACAUUGGUGUAGACCCCAGGCGUGGACAAGAGCAACUGGACCGACUCUCGUACCAGCGGUUAGAGAGUGUAAGGCAAGCUGUAGUCUCUUUCAGUAUUGUCAGGCUGUAACCUAGCUACCCUGUAUCUUCUGUGUGUGUCCUGCCUAUAAAUAUGCACAUAGAGAGAGAAAAGGAGGGGUCUUCAGAAAUAUACCCCCCGCCCCCCCUCCAGACAGAGUGAGCCUAAGCUACAGAGAGGUUUCCGGAAGGGUGGCUCUGAGAGAUGAGGGCAGGGGCGGAAAGGUGGGCAUCUGUCCUGUUUCCUUUCUUUGUGGACUUGUGGUUGGCGAUGCUGUGGGAAGCAAGCCUGGGAGUCUAAAGGGGUCUGGAGACAUCAGUGUCCUCCUGCCUCCACAUUGCAGUUCUCCAGGCCUGGGCUGGGCUGGUCCUGUAGGCUGGGAGGCAGCACCUAUGGCCACCACACCCACAGGCAAAAGGGGUCCUUCCCCAGAAGGUGGCAGGGUCCAUCGGGGUGCCCUCAACUAAAAGGGAGGGGACUGCUGCCUAGCAAGGAACCUUUUGUUUCCUUGGGGAGUUGAUGAUCCCUCCCCCUCCCCGGCCCCACCCCCCAGUGUCAUGGGGACCCAGUACCCAUUGGCUGGUGUGAUUGAGACCUGGGAUGUUUCCAGGGCAACGGGACAGGCAGGUGAGGUAGAAGGUGUUCAGAGGUCUCUGUUGUCUGGCCUUUGCUGCUCCCUUACUGUGUGACCUUGGGCAAGUUCCUUUCCCUUUUCUGGACCUCAGUUCUUCACCUGGAAAACCAAGGGGUUUGACCAAUGAUCACAAAGGGUUCUCCCAGCCCUGGCCUCCUAAGAAUGUGUGAACCGUGACUUUCUGGUUUAGUGGGUGGAGCCAGAGCUUCUGACCCUGUUCUGGCUCCUCCCGAGGGGACUCAUUAGACCCCCGAAGUGGCAGGAUCUUGGAGAGCUCCCACUUCCCCACCCCAGGCCUGGGAUGGAGGGCCCUUCCUGGGCCUCUGGAGGUUGCCUGAUGUCAAGGUGUGGCCUUAGCUAUCAUGUGCUGCUCGGCCCUGGGGCCUGAUUAUUACAAAAGGACAGAGCUUGUAUUUGCUAAGACUUGGGGGGGGAGUGGGGGGGUUAGGGUGGGAGGGAAGAGUGCUUGUGAUAGGACCUCCAGUAACUUAGAGCCCCUGAGAAUGCCGUUACCUGAGGUUUACCUUAAACCCAAGCAACUAUAUUGAUUUGUGGAGCAAGAGGCUCUCUCCUCAAUUCCUGCUUCCUUCUAUUUCUAUCCCAUACCUGUCUGAAAGGAGACAGCAAAAUUUUAUUAUAUAAGUUAAAUCUCUCAAUCCUUUUCAAUCCAUUGCCUGUUGGGGUGGCCUGGGCAACCAUUUACCAUGAUGAGAUUACCCAGUUCCCAUGCUUGGCACUGUCCUAGCCCUUCUCUUCUGAAUCUCCUGAAGAUUCAACCCUGGCUACCCCUACCCAGGUGAGAAUGCAGUCAGCUCAGGACAGUCACACCCCGCUGGCCAGACCUUGGGUCUCAGCUGCAGGCGCCUCAGGCACCGAGCCCCUGCCAGAACUUGCCGGGCUGUGUGCACCUCCCUGGGCAGCUGUAGAGCUGGGGAGAUGCUGGAACAGCACACCACAAGCAUGUGGUCUCCAGAGUCUUCCUCCGGAAUCUUUGGAGCUGGCAUAAGACCCUUUAGGAUUUAGGAUAAUCACUCCGACACCCCUUCUCCUCCAUCUCUAACCAAAGGACCUGAGCUUCUACCCCAACAUCUCACUCAUCCUUUUGUGUUCAUCCCAGUGUUUGCCUGAAAUUUCUCCAGCUGCAGGAAGCAUCGUAGGCCCAGUUAGCUUCUCCCUCUUGGGUGCAGGGCUGCAGCAGGGCCGUGGUCAAGUUCAUUGGAAGUGAUCUUAAGCAUCCCUGGCUGGUAACUUUGUUGCCCUGGGCCGAGCACUGGAGAUCCUGUCUUCAGGCAGCUCAUGGUCCGGGGAAAGUCAUGGGGGAGGAAUGGGCCGUUUUAUUCAGAGCUCCAUGGCUGCUGCUAGUCCAUUUAGUGCCUUGAUGUGAAUUAGACAUGGCGCCCCCUCCAGGUGGCCUCCACCCACGUUAGCAUGGACAGUUUUAUGAAUGGUGCCCAGGCUGGAGGUUAGCCCUACGUGCCCCUGAGCUGGUGCCCACCUGCAGAGUCCUAUGCUACAGCUCAGAGGAUAUUGUCAGUGACUGGGACUGGGGCACCUUUGUCCCUCUCGGGCUUGGUAUCACCCACAUCUUCCAUCUCUCAGACCCCACAGAGGCCAGGAAGCCUUGGCGCUUGUCCCAGGUUGGUGAAAACCCCAAGAUCCAAUCCCCAAAUCAGUGAUCCACCGAAGAACCCAAGAGGAGGUGGAAUAGAAAUUGCCUGUCCCUUCCCUCAAAGUACAAUGUCCCCUCCAGGGUCAAACAGGAUGUCCAAUGCUUCUUGAUGAUACUAGGGGAGGCAUUUUGGCUCAGGGAAAACCCAGGCCUCGGACACUGAGAGCUGAGCCCCGCUGUCCUGUCCCCAGUAGUCUCAGCCAAGGCUGCUUCUCUCCUGCCAGUGACUGGUGACUGGGCAUUCUCUCCCUCUUCCGGAAGAAGGCACUAGGCCCUAGUCUUGAACUCUUAUAGGGUCUCAUGGACACAGGCUUGUACCUGUUCUCACGUGUUUCUUUUUAAAGCCAACAAGGACCAAAACAGACUCCCUCCACCAUCGUGCAUAAGCCUACAUUGGGCCUGCACCUUGGCCCAGGCAGUCCCAUCCCUCUGUCCUCCCUCCAGGACUGAACUGGCCCACCUGUUGGGGCAGGAUUCUCACCUCUGACACUUCCCGGCAGGGUCACUGCCCAGUGGCUUCAAAGAGAGGUCUCUUGAAGGGGGAGCAUCCUCCCCCCGCAUCGCUCUCUCCCAACUUUUCACCCUGAAAGGGAAAUCAAAGCACAGGUCCCCAGGACCCAUGAUCUGUAGACAUGCUGACACGGGGGUUUUCAAACCAGGUGCCGUGGAACCCCUGGUGUUCCACAGAGAUUUGCCAGGGACUGCUAAAGUGGGAAGGGAGGGGUGGAGGCGUAGGAUAGGUCUCCAGCCCUCCGCCAUUACCACUUCCACCAGAACAACUCUGCUUUUGUCUGACUUGCCUACUGAGGUUUCACCUUCAAAUUUUCUUUUGGAAAAAAAAAAAAAAAAAAAAGAUAAUUCUCCAAACCACCAUUCGGAGGUUUGAUCUUCGACCAGCAA